AACGACUCACCCAAACAUCUAACGAAUAUCUGUUGAUGAGUUCAAAUCAUUGUAGCUUUUUUGAUGGUUUUAUAAGUAUAAUUGUUGUAUCUAGUAAGAAAUUUGUGUAAUAAUUGUGAAAAUAACUUUAGUGAAUUGUAUGUGUGUUAUAUCAAGAUGACGUCCGAAAAAGGAUGCAGGAAAGAAAAAAAUCAAAAUAUCCAAGUGUUCGUGAGGCUAAGGCCUCUGAACCAACGGGAGCGCGACAUCAAGUCUCUCGGUGUAGUGGAAGUGGUAAAUGGAAAGGAAGUGGUUGUGCGUCAAUCUCAGCAGAGUAUGCACACUAAGAGAUUUACCUUUGACCGUGCAUUCCCUCCCCUAUCAAAGCAGGUAGAGAUUUACCAAGAAGUAGUCAGUCCGUUGAUCGAAGAAGUCUUGGCUGGUUACAACUGCACUGUUUUUGCAUAUGGUCAGACUGGUACGGGCAAAACACAUACCAUGGUCGGUGAGGCUGCUGCUGAUGAAACCACUUGGCAGAGUGAUCCGCUAGCUGGUAUUAUUCCUCGUGCACUCAGUCAGAUCUUUGACGAGCUUCGUAUAUCGAACACAGAGUACACGGUCCGAGUGUCAUACUUAGAGCUGUACAAUGAGGAACUUUUUGACUUACUUUCAACAUCAGAAGACAACUCCAAGUUGAGGAUCUAUGAAGAUGUCACCAGGAAGGGUGCCAAUAUUGUGAAUGGCUUGGAGGAGAUAACUGUUUAUAACAAGAACGAGGUUUACAAGAUCAUGGCUCAAGGACAGGAACGGAAGAGGGUAGCCUCCACUCUAAUGAAUGCUCAAUCUAGCCGCUCGCACACUGUGUUCACAAUAGUCAUCCAUAUGAAGGAAAAUAGCCCAGAAGGCGAGGAGCUCGUCAAGAUCGGGAAGCUGAAUCUUGUUGAUUUGGCCGGUUCAGAAAACAUUAGCAAAGCGGGCUCAGAUAAUCCUGCGAAGAGGGAGAGGGCGAGGGAGUGCGUGAACAUCAACCAGUCGCUGUUGACUCUCGGCAGAGUCAUCACGGCUCUCGUGGAGAGGCAUCCGCAUAUACCAUAUAGAGAGUCAAAACUAACACGAAUCUUACAAGAAUCUCUCGGCGGCCGAACAAAGACGUCCAUCAUAGCGACCAUCUCGCCCGGCCACAAGGACCUCGAGGAGACUAUGAGCACUCUGGAAUACGCAAACCGAGCUAAGAACAUCCAGAACAAGCCGGAAGUCAACCAGAAGAUGACUAAGAAGGCGAUCCUGAAAGACUACGCCGAAGAGAUAGAUAGGCUUAAGAGGGAUUUACACGCAGCUAGAGAAAAGAAUGGUGUAUACUUAGCGAAUGAGACAUUCGCGGAAAUGACGCUUAAACAAGAAGAACAACGCAAGGAAAUCCAAGAGUUGCUGCUGAAGAAGCGCGCGAUGGAGGAGGAACGUGAACGUAUGGAAUCCGUCUUCAAGGAGCUCAACUGCUCGCUGGAGGAGCACAAGCAGCAAUUGAAUUCGACAGUCAGCAAGUUGUGUUCAACGGAAAAUAUGCUCGCUACUACUACUAAUAUGUUAAAAACUACAAAAAUGCACUAUGAAGAGCAGCGGUUCCUCGUCAGCAAGCAGAUGGAAACUGAGAAGGUGCUAUCGUCGCAAGCCAAACAGCUGCUGGAGGUCGCUGAUGCAGCUUCCACUGACGCUGCAAAGCUACUUGACUCUAUUGAUAAGAGAAAAACAGUGGAAUCAACUAAUCUAGAAAUAACGCGAACAUACCGUGAGAUAUCUGCGCAGCAUAGGAACAAUUUAACAGGGGGGACGGAGAACUUCGUCGGGGCCCUCAUGCAGGCCCUUGCGGACGUUCAGACAACUAUGGAUUCUUACACACACGACAGCACUCAAAUGCAAAAUCAAAGUAAACAAAGACUUGACGAUUUGGUCCAACAAGCUAUGGAGACCAUGAAUAAGAUGACGACGUUGAAAAACGACACGCACAGCGAAGUAUCCGGCGCCGCGCAGGCGGGCCGCGCGCGCCUGCACGCCGCCGCCGCCGCGCGCGCCGCGCGUCUGCGCGCCGCGCUCGAGCGCCUCGCCGCCUGCGUGCUGGCGUGCCUGCGCCACGCCGCCGGCCUCGACCUGACCUCCGACAUGGCGAGCUUUCUCGGCGACUGGCAAACGUCGGGCGUGUCGCUGCUGGGGCGGCUGCAGCAGUCCAGCGGAGCGCUGGCGACGGUCGCGCGGCAGUCUGCGCUGCGCCUGCGACAGUCUUGCGUGACGCAGCGACAGUCGCGCGAGAGUCGCGCCGAGCGGCUGGGCGCGCACAUCCUGCAGCGAAUCGACUCAAUCACCGAAGAGAAAGAACGGACAGAAAGAUACUUAGCCGAGCAAGUGACGAGCAUAGAGAGAGAAAAGUCGGAAUACGAAUCGCGUCUUCAACAGUGGGCAGAAGAGGAAAGAAGGCUUCUAGAGGAACGCAUUGAACGUCACAUUACUGCUGAGAGAACCUUCUUGGAGGAGAAUAUGAAUCAGAAACUUAAGGAUAUAGAAAAUCAAAGGGCUAUGUUCGAACAACGGACGGCCGAAAAUGUUGAUCAGCUAAACAGUAUGUUGAAAGUUAAUCAGGAAGUGGUGGCGCAGAUUGGAGAAGAUUUAUUAGAACAAGAGAAUGAGUUGGAGAAGUGUUUGAAUGAAUUGAAGGUCUUUGUAGAAGAUUAUGAUAAGGAUCACGCAGUUAUGGUAUCAAAUGUAAAUAGUUUGAGUGACGGCGCUCUGAAGGUGGUAGAGACGAUAAAAACAGAUUUAAUACAAAAUCUGCAACAGACACAGUCUCAUGUUCAGGAUGAAUCGAAAGGAUUGAUAGAACAGGAACAAGAAUCAGCUACCUGUCUCGUGAAUGAGUCUAAUUAUAUGAUCGAAUCUAUGGUGCAGACGUGUCAGCGAACUUUGGAUAACUUUGUUGGAGCAGUCAAUGUAACAACAACCUCCACAAAGGAGGAGCUCUCAUCAUUGUCAUCAGUUGCAUCAAAUAUCACCAGCACCUGUCAGACGCAUCACGACGCCCAGACUCUGACCCUGGCCACCGUGCAGCGGGAAGUGGAGCAGUUCUACGGCAGACUGCGAGAGGAGGUAUCCCGACUCGAGGAACUGGAAAGUCGGUGUCUCAAUCAGGAGUACGCUGUAUACUGUCCGACUGGCAGCACCCCGCUGCGCGCGCAGUACCGCUACCCGCGCGCGCUGGCCGCGUCGUCCCCGCCCGCGCGCGCGCUGAGCGCCUUCCGCGCCGCGCGCGCCGCCCGCCGCCACGACGACGACUGCAUCUUAGUGGAGAAUGAAAGUGAAGCCCGAAGCGACAGCGAAUCGUCCGCUUCCGAAGACUCCGCCGUGGUGUUCGCAGCUCCCUCCCCUCCUGAUUCGGUCAACCACAAACCAUCCAUCAUGAAAUGUACCUCCGAAACAGAUAUUUAUUUAAGACGACGACAGCAGGAUCAACAAGGCAAGGAGAACGUGAACCGCUCGAUGUCGUUCAAGAAGCCGUCGAAGCUGCCGGCGCCCACCUCGCACAAGAAGCCGCUGUUCGAGCGGAACGCCGACUGAGCGCCCCCCCUCCCCCUCCCCCCCGGCGACGCGUACUCGCUCCCGCGCCGCUCGCUCGCUGACGUGCACUCUCGUUACUGAACGCUGCCAUUAUAAUGUUUUAAAUUAAUCAAAUCGGUGUUAGUAAGGUACGAAUAUUUUGGUCCAUAGUGUGUUAUGGUUUCUGAGUAAAGUUAUAUUGAUUAUUCAUUUGAAUGGACCCACUCAGUGGACACGAGAUUACUUUACGAAAAUGUCAAAAAUAAAUCUAUUUACCCAUAGUAAAUCUUAAUUUUUACAUAAACUUUUUUUUAUUAUUUUUUAAUAGAAAAUAUUAAAAUCACGCUAUGAAUUGUUUAUAUUCUUAUAAAUCCAUUGCACUCGGUCAUAAAUAUAUUUAAAGAACUUCACUUCUCGUCAGUGAGGUGAAGUUCGCAGAUCGACGUAGCACACCUCUGUUCCACAAAGCAAGCGAGCGGUUCGUCUAUAACUUAUAGAAUUAAAUUCAAUCGAUACAGAUUGUUAUAAGACAUGAAUACAUUGAUAUAGUAUUCAAUUAAAUAUUUAAAAUUAUAAUUAUUAAUAUUUCUUUUAACUUUCUACCUUACAAGAAUUACAACUUUGCGGUCUGGUGCUGAAAGGGCUCAAGUCCAAAUUUGAUAACAAUGUAAACUAUACACUGCCAUUAUCCAAAUCAAAAUUAAAAUAUUUGUGAUAAAAUGGCGUAAGCUUAACAUACUAAUGUUAAUAAGAUCACGAAAAAGGUAUAUGUUAAUAUAACAGUUGUUUGUGUUAUAUAUGUUGUAAAGCCUCAAUAUUUUUCAGUUGCUUUUGAUCCGCCGACCGAGUUAGACGUCUUAUAGGUGGCAUUAGAAAUUUAGUUUUUAGAUAUUAGUAUCAAAGGUACAAACUACACUACUAAUAUAGGAUGUAUCGUUUUAUUAAAUUCAAUAUAUUAUUACCAUUAUUUUAUUUAAGCAUUUUGUUUAAGGAAGUAAUCUCCCAAAAAUAUAUUUAUUUUGUAAGAAGCUACUGCCUGAUUAGUUUGGUAUGUCAAAGCAAACGUGUCUAGAGAUAAAUGUAUUUGAAUAUGUCGAUGGCGGGCUCCCAUCGAAUUUAGCAAAUCAUAAGUAUUAUGGAAUCUAGAUUCACACAACUUAACGUUAAUUAAUUCUGAUUGUAUAAUAAAAGCAUUUUUAACAUUUUGUUCAGUAGUAAAAUUAUCAAUCAAAAAUAAUCACGCCAUAAAUGUAAGGUUUUGAAUAGUAAAUUAUUCACAGCUCCGACAUAUGUAGCACGCGCAACCUUGCGGUGCAUUGUCGGGUUGAAAUACGCACGGAGCUCACACUUUAAAAUGCUUUAAUUAACCCGAAACCUUAUAAAUAGAAUUACAAUCACAAAAAUUUAAUUGUUAAUUAGAUAAUUGAUAGAUAUAUCUAUAUAUGUAUAUAUUUUCUUAAUUUUAAACAUAAGACUUAAUUUUCGCACACUGGUAGUAUUUUUAUAUAAAAAAAUACAAAACUACAUCUUUAGAUUAGACUUGCUAUGCUAAGAAAUGAGCUCUUAUAAACAGUUCCCCAUGGCUCUAUGACAGUGGGGAUAAUUUUCAGAUGAAGAUAGAUAAGAUUGGCUAAAAUUUCCAUCGAUUUUAUUAGAAAUAACUUUAGCAAGAUUAAAAUUAGCAUUAGUCCAUUCCAAUGGCGUAUGAGUAAACAUACAAACAUCGGAACUUUGGAAGUAAAAUAUAAGUGGGAAGAAGUGGUUCAAUUUUUUUGCAGUGAAUAAUAUAGCAGAAAGAUUAAGUUGUUUAUCUUUACCCAUGCUGCCAUAUUGUUAGGGCGGUUUUUUCAGCACAUCAAAGGGUUCAAUUGCGUAAUUAAGGCUUUUUGGACAAAUAAACUGCUUAUAAUUAUUAAAGUGAUUAUGGUACAGUUGGACGCUGAAUCCGAACUGACAUACUAUAGCAGGAGUAUUCAAAGUAAAAUUAGACAGCAAGGCGCAAGGGCAGAACAUUAAGCAAGAGCGAAUACAAAAUUAAAAGCAAAUACAGAUAGUCGGUAGUUUUAUUAAUAAGUAAUUAAACUUAUAGAAAAUUUAACGUUAGCAAAACGGGAAGUGUUAUUUAAAUAUAAAAUAUCCAUCGGUCUAUUUUAUAAUCAUACUAUAUAAUUAUAAUAUAAAUAUACUUUGACUUGUAACGUUAAAUAAGAAUUUUGAGGCGAAUUUUGGGGUUGCCAGUCUGAAAUAAUGAUAUUUUUUUUCUGUGACAGUCAUGCAAACACGGAUAUAAACAAAACAAAUUUUAGUGGAAACGCACCAUUAUUUUGUAGUACAUAUUUUUUCGACUUGAAAUUUUUUUAAUCUUUUUUUCAUGCAACUAUAUUUAGGUAGGUACUAUCAUUUAUGCGUACCU